GGCGAACCCUUGGCAGGUGAGAUGGAGAUCUGCGAUGACAGAGGUCCUCAUUCAGCUUGCAGUGGUGCAGCGUGGAGGCUCGAACAACAUAUACUGCACUGAGUUUACUCUCUGAUCUUCCAUCCUGGGAGUGGAUUGUGGAAUUCCAUGAGACCUGCAACAAGGAAAGAGCGCUAAACUGGUGAAUGUACGAAAGUUGAAUGCGAGGGCACCAGCUGGGAUUUAGCUUUUGUUUUAAUCCCUGAAAUGGAAAUGCAAUGUUUGACAGCGUUAAAUGCAUAUAUCCUGUGUUCCGCUUACUAAACAGCAGUUGGAAAUUUAUUAGCACGUGAGAACUGGAUUGAAAGGUGAAAAGUAUCUUGUAGUUUGCAGCAGUGCUCGAUCUGACCAGGGAAUAGUUGUGACACUUUUUCAGCUUUAUAUGCACUUCGAAUAAUCAGAACAAUUCGGAUAAAACUUCUAAUUUCUGCACUUCUUUUUUUAUUAUUUAUUGUGUUGCAAGACUUGCACGUCUAAAACCUCCCUUGUUCCUGUGGUGGCUUACACAAGUGAAAUGUGCCAGCAGUACUUUGUAUAAACCGGCUUUCAGCCGUGGACGACAUUUCGGUUGUAAUUUUGUGUUAAAACUCCUACUGUUCAAGCAGAGGAAUUCUGCUAAUCUAUACAUUCCUACUGCUUUAUGGUGGGCUGUUUGGUUACAAAGGGGCUGCAGCUGUUCGCCAAGACGUGCGUUUAUUAUUUUUAAUUAAAACCAGGGGAUCUGAUAAAACGGUCGGAUUCUAUGUAGAGAAAGGGUACCCUGAUGCAUGGUCUGUAAGGCUUUGUUUCCAAGGUAUGGAACAGGUCUGAACCCGCUCAAAGAGGGGACAGCAGUACACCUUUUUGUUCUCUGGAGAUAACCACGAAUUUGUGCCAUAGUGAAGAGGGGAUUACUAGCUUUUUUUAGCUACCAAAGCUGGAACUGCUGUACUGUUUAACCAACAUCAUGGAGAGGUCCAUUUGCAUGGCAAAAAAACAGAUGAGGAACCAUUCACUCGACUGUAGACUCCUUCCUGUGGCCAGUGUGUUUUUAAUAGUCUUCAUACCAGUUUUAGUAGAUGCCAACUUAUUAGAUGCCAGCACAUGGUGGUCUAUGGGUAUGAAUCCAAUACAGAUUCCAGAGGCAUACAUAAUAGGAAUUCAACCACUCUGUAGUCAGUUGGCAGGGCUUUCUCCAGGACAGAAGAAACUCUGCCAGUUAUAUCAAGACCAUAUGCAGUACAUUGGAGAAGGUGCAAAAAUUGGUAUUAAGGAGUGUCAGUACCAGUUUCGACAUCGGCGCUGGAACUGUAGUACAGUGGAUAAUACUUCUGUGUUUGGAAGAGUUAUGCAAAUAGGAAGUCGAGAGACUGCCUUCACAUACUCCAUCAGUGCUGCAGGGGUAGUAAAUGCUGUGAGCCGUGCCUGCCGUGAAGGGGAGCUGUCGACGUGUGGAUGUAGUAGAGCUGCAAGACCUAAAGAUUUACCUAGAGACUGGCUGUGGGGUGGCUGUGGAGACAAUGUCGAUUAUGGCUACAGAUUUGCAAAGGAAUUUGUAGAUGCACGAGAACGUGAAAAAACUUACCAAAAGGGCUCUCAAGAAAGUGCUAGAGCGCAGAUGAACAUGCAUAACAAUGAAGCUGGAAGACUGACUGUGUACAGCUUGGCAGAUGUUGCUUGCAAAUGCCAUGGAGUUUCAGGAUCUUGUAGCUUGAAGACCUGCUGGUUACAGUUAGCAGAUUUUAGGAAGGUUGGUGAUCUACUGAAGGAAAAAUAUGACAGUGCAACUGCAAUGAAACUCAACCAAAAGGGAAAACUUGUAAAGAUGAAUGGAAAAAUCAACACCCCAACUACUUAUGAUCUUGUAUACCUUGAUCCAAGUCCUGACUACUGCAUUAGAAAUGAAAGUACAGGAUCUUUAGGAACUCAAGGUAGACUGUGCAAUAAAACCUCAGAAGGCAUGGACGGCUGUGAGCUGAUGUGCUGUGGAAGAGGCUAUGACCAGUUCAAAACCAUUCAGACUGAAAGAUGCCACUGCAAGUUUCACUGGUGCUGUUACGUGAAAUGUAAAAAAUGCACAGAGAUUGUAGAUCAGUUUAUAUGCAAAUAGCGGAAGACCGAAAGAAAAAAGGACUUGGUAUAUUUAUAAGGGUGGAACUUUCUGAUGCUUUAAGGAAUGCCUGGAUAAUGAAAGUCAGUAACAUUCCCAGAACUGCUUUUAUAGAAUGGAUAAAAUGGCAAAUAUUUAUUUUACAGCAACUAUGAACAGUUUGUCAGAGUAUAAUGAAGAACAGAAAUGUGUUGUAUAGAUGCAGAUGAGUGUUAGUACAAUCACAACCACAGAAGGCAAACGAGUCAUUAGAUAACUUCAGUAGACCAUAGAUACUGGUUUGCUAUGGACGGAUUUUGAGUCUUGGAUUGGUUUAGGAAAUCAUACCAAAAUUCUAGUGCCCAGAAAAGCUGGUACCCACUUUUGAACAAUAGAAAAGCAGAGUAAAGUGAAUCAAAAAUUGCAAGCACUGGUGGAAUGUAAAUCACAAAAAAUAAGGACUGUAUUCUCUUUAUAAUGGUAUGCAUGGCACUCGAGUGCAGAUGUAAUAUUUAAAGUGUAUAGGAAAUACUGUAGUAGUCUGGCGUAGGUAUGGGAUCUUAUCUUUAGCACAGCUGUGACAACUAGUGUUUCGUGUCAGAAGGGACCAAGUGCACCAUGUAGUCCACCCUGAUAAUGCACAUUAGCUGUUUUAUUGUAACUUCAGUUUAAUCUUCUGUUAAUAUCCAUGUCACACAGCUGUAGGUCAUGCCACAUGGUUUAGGGUUUUCAUUUAUCACAUGACGAAUCAAAUGGUUAGACAUGAAAGAAUAUAGCUUUCAAUUAAUAUCUGCUGUUUCUAAAUUCAGUUUUUUGGGCAUUUUAUGUUUUAAUUAUGUUAUAGGCAAGGAAAAAACAUUCUGCUGGUUAACUGUAGUAGACUUUUGUAUUUUAAUCUCAUUAUGACUUUGUUUACCUGUUUUGAAACAUCUUAUUGGGGGCUCUAGCUGAUCAGAUAACUAUAGUAUCUAUACAUUUCAUAUGCCACUUAAAAUUAAAUCUGUCAUUAUCGCAUGAAGUAUUUAUUUUGCUCUGUUGGCAGUCUCUUUUCAGUUUAAAUUGAGUCUCACAACAAAAAUAUACAGAUUUUUUUUCUGUUCUUCAUAACUAAAUAUAUGUAUACCUUAAACUCUUAGAACACACAUAGAGGUUUUGCGUAUAUAUAGGAAAUGUCUGUGGUCUCAUGGUGUCCAAUAUUUUAGGCUGUGUAUAUAUACAUAUGCUUUAUAUUGUAAAACCAGAAAUUAAAUUGUAUGUAUUUAUUUACAAGCUAGUAAUAGAUUAGGAUUAUUUUACAGUGAUACACUUUAAGAAUUUAAUCUGCUCUCAAAAAAAAAUUGUGUACAUCUUUGUUGGUGUCAUUUUGCAGUUCAGUCUAAAAAAGGUAUCGCACUGCACAUGCAGAUUCCAGUUUAUUUAUCUAAUCAUUUUUUUUGAAUAUUUAUUGCUGAAUGUUAAUAGAUGCCAUUUUUAGUUUUUUAGCAGUUAAAUAUGUACAUCAAGUACAGACUUCAGUCACAUUCCUCACUUUAUUACCACCUGGGUGAAGCUGUUUACCAUUUUAGAAGUUUUAAGCAUGUACCUUGUGUACCAAAAAUUAAAUUAUCCUUUGGUUGUGGGAUUUGUGACUCUUAGCUUUAUGACACCACCAAUGAUUUUUAUGAUCAAAAUUUUUACAUUUAUCAACUUUCCUGAAUGUUUUAAGACUAAAUCACAUCUUCAAUAUUUUCUUCAUGUUUGCAGCACGCAUUUUUGAGAUGGAUAGGGAAUUAUCUGAAUUUUAUAGUUCUAUAAAAGCUAAUAUUCUGAUAAUCCACUACUGCAUUUAACUGUUUACAGGAAGGCUUUAUGAUCCUAUGAAUUAAAAUGCAUUCAAAUAAGAUUUUACCUGUUUUGUAAGUUCUCAAAGUUCACUUUGUUUUUGUACAUUAAAUGUACAUAUUUUGUCUUGCAAAAUUUGUAUAUUUCACUGGUUUGAAAAGCCAUUAGAAAGGAUGAAAAGUAUGCCAUCAAGGAAGACGGGAUAUAAAAUAAAUAUCUGUAUUUUUC